AAGAUUUUCAAACUCCAUACACCACUUCUUCCACGUCCACUCGAAACUGUAAUACAUACAGCAAUCCUGAAAACUUCUAGGUCCCAACAACGGAAGACUAGAAGAGGGACAAGUUAGGAAGGCUUGGAAGUCUGUUUAGUUCUGGGUACUCAAAAUUCAUUUCCUAGAGUAUUGGAAACCCAGAAACAAUGGCUGGCCUCCGGCCCGCUUAAACUUUUACUUUUGAAAGCUUAUUAUUAGCAAAGGGCCCAGAGGAUCUUUUACUCUUUCAGUACAGAGAUGGGAAGCUUUAACCCUCCCGGAGAAAAGAGCAGGUUGCACUAGUGAGCGAGUUGUGAACAGUGGCGCUCCUUUCCUUGGAAUCUUCUCUGUCCCCAAAAGAUGUCAGGUGAGCCUGGGAGUCUCUCGAAGCCUGGUAGAGGGCAUGGAGGGCGAGGUCAAGCCUCAAUUCCUUGCGCCCGGCUCCCGCUGGGUUCAGCAGCAGCGCAGGGGGCAGCGCCGGCAGCAGCGGGCGCCAGAUCCAGGUCCCCUGCCGGUGCGUGCUAAGGAAGAUGAGAUCGGUUAUCUUCACUGGCAAAAGGAUGAGCUUGGCCUAAUUUGUCCAACUUUUCUCGCACUGACUGGAGUUCUUACACCCUCCCCCAUCCAUCCCACGGGCCUAACCCCACCCUCACCCCCCCCUCAAUCUCCUCUACUCUCUGCCGCUGCGCUCGCCUCUCCAAAGCUCCCUAAGGGAAGAAGGCGUGUCUUGCUUGCCUGCCUGCCCGCCCGCCCGCCCGUCCGUCCUGCAGCUCCCGCCGCCGCUGCUGGAGGAGCAGGCGGACUGGAGCUAUAAAAGAGCUGGCCGGGCGCCGGCUCCGGCUUCAUUUACUGCCUCGCGCGGCGACCGGCCGGGAGGGAGGGAGGGAGCGAGCCAGUAAGCGAGCGAGAGAACGAGCGCCGCAGGCGGGGGGCGGGCGGCGAACCUGGCUGGAGCUGAGGGCGCAGCGUUCGGGGCUGCCCAAUGCGUGCACAAUCUGCUGCUGCUGCCGCCGCCGCUACCGCUGCCCCCGCCGCUUCUCCGCAGCCGCCGCCGCCGCUGCCUCCGCUGCAGCUGCCGCCGCCUCCGCCGCUGCCCGAGCAAUAUGCUGGAGCCACAGAACAGCUAAACGGAGUUUCCCCGCCGCUGCCUGGGCUGGAUUGCAGCGCUGUCGUUCCUUAUGAAGAAGACACAAACUUGGAUUAUCACUUGCAUUUAUCUUCAGCUGCUCCUAUUCAACCCUCUCGUCAAAACUAAAGGGAUCUGUGGGAAUCCUGUGACCGAUGAUGUGAAAGAGAUUACAACAUUGGUGGCAAAUCUUCCGAAUGACUAUAUGAUACCUCUUAAGUAUGUCCCCGAUAUGGAACUGUUGCCUAAUCAUUGUUGGUUACAUUUGAUGGUGCCCGAAUUGGCCAGGAGCCUGAAUAACCUCUUGGACAAAUUUUCCAAAAUUUCCAGUAGUCUGAGUAAUUAUUCAAUCAUCGAUAAACUCAUAAAAAUAAUUGAUGACCUGAUGGGAUGCUUAGAAGAGAAAAAUAAGAAUUUCAGAAAACAAAAUAUCCACAUUUAUAAACGAGACUCAUUCAAUCCUGAAGACUUUUUUAGAUUCUUUAAUAAAUCCAUCGAUGCCUUUAAGGAAUAUGAAGAAACAUCUGAGCAUAGCAACUGUGUCCUGCCUUCAACAAUAGGGCCUGAGAGAGAUUCCAGGGUCAAUGUCACAAAACCAUUUUUGUUACCCCCCGUUGCAGCCAGCUCCCUUAGGAAUGACAGCAGUAGCAGUAAUAGGAAGGCAGCAGGAUCCACUAAAGACCCAAGUGUGCAAUGGGUAGCCAUUGUGUUACCCUCACUAUUUUCUCUUGUACUUGGCUUUGUUCUUGGAGCCUUAUACUGGAAGAAAAAACAAAUGAAUCUUAAAAUGGAAGUUGAAAACAUAGAGACUAGUGAAGAGGAUAAUGAGAUAAGUAUGUUGCAAGAAAAUGAUGGAGAAUUUCAAGAAGUGUAACUGUUGCUUGUAUGAACACUGUUACUUUUGCACCAAGGCGGGUAACAGUUUUAUGUUUGCUUCAUAAAUGAAGCAGCUUUAAGCAAAUUCAUAUUCUGUCUGGAGUGACAGACUGGGUCUCUGUCUGUACUUGCUAUCCAUGACUCCAUAAUGAUGAUUCAGAAAUGGGGACAAAGUGUCUUACUGUGAAACCAGCGCUGAAUUAAUCAUCUGCAAAGAAGAAUAUGCAUGGAGCAAAGCUCUAUUUUAAGAAUUUGGGGAUUUGCCGUCUCAUUUCGAACUGGUAACUCAUGUCGGGAAAGGAUCCACAUUCCCUGGACUUCAUGCAUCACCCGCAUGCCUCCAGCAACGUGUAGUUUACCAAACAUCCAUGUGUUCUAAUCCUUCAAUUACCAUCUGCAUCCCACAGUUUAACCUGGUCUAUAGAAGUGAACUUGAGUUUGGAUUGUAGAGAUAAAAAGUAAAAAAAAAAAAGCUAGAGAAAGCAAGAAUUUUGAAGACACUCUGGGAAGAGGGGAAAUCUGAGAGAUGCAGAAGGUUAGCAUGAUGGCCUUUAGUCUUAUCGAAUCUGGGUUCAUGUUUUGGACGACAGGGCAUGGAUCCAAUCUUUUUCUCUGCUCAACGAAUACCAUAUCUAUAUCCAUCUCAAAAAAUUAUUUUAAAGCCUACCGGAUAAUCUGACAUGGGCUGUUCAUGACUGUCCAUGCAGGGGAAGUCAAUACUGAAUUAGACUGGUGAGGUUGUCACCACACGGAGAAGCUCUGAAAGAGUUAACAUAUGAAGAAGCUUUCAGCACUGAAUAUCCGAAGGGCCUACCCCCAGAAGACAUUUGGUGCCCGUGGUGAUGUCUGCCCUUUUUUGAUAACCACUAUGGAGUGUAUAAAUAUGUUUCCAAAAUAUAUUAGAGCAAUUUUAUAUACAUAUAUUCUAGAAACGUUACACAAAGUUAUGUAAAGAGAGUCUUAGGGGAAACUGCUGAAUGUAUGGAGAUCCCUCUUAAAACUGUAGCCAUGGGAGGGACGCGGAUGUGGCUUAGAAUAUUCAGUAUCUAACAAGAGACAACCAUAGCCCUAACUCAACAUCGGUGUCCAGAAUCUUGGCCUUUUGCAAAAGAGCAAGAAAUCUAGAAAUGUUAGCUACUGGUCACAUAGUCUUUGUCAUGUUUGAAAUAUCCAUUUAUUUAAGAUCGGGCACUAUUCAUUAAAAGCAUAAUUCAGAGAUUUUUUUAAGCUUUACUCAGUUUUGCAUGUUGGCUUGCUGUUUAAGACACAUGACUGCCUAGGGCAUAAUUUGGAGAAACUUGGCAAGUGUUGCUGAGAAGGGCAAAGGAUCUGUGAUUUUGUCAGCAUGGAGGAUUCUCAGGACCAGACUACAACCUACUAGAGAAAUCCUAAGGAGUUGGUUCUAUGAGGUAAAUAGAAGUUAAUGAAUGACUGACCUAGUGUCACAUAGCUAGGAAGUGUCAGUGAUGGGAUUUAAACCCGGGUCUUCCUGACUCCAGACCUAGCACUGAUUCCACUACCCAAGCUGCCUCUACUAGAGUUCUCCAUAACAGGGACACGUAGUAGCUUUUAAUCCCAAAUUUAUAAGUGUCUUGAGAAGCCUUUCUAAUGACAUUUUCUACCUUCUAGAGGUGGAUAGUUCAUUAAAGCCAAUGAACAAUUUUACUUUUUUCUGCUGGAUGUGUGUGUGUGUGAGUGUGUGUGUGUGUGUGUGUGUGUGUGAAUGAGUGAUUUAAUGUGCCACAAAGCUAUAAAUGGAGCCAAAAGUGUAUCCUUCCAAGCCGAUGUUUGGGGCAACAGGACAAAGAUGAAUUAUUCCCACAGACUGGCCAUUGAUCAACUGGCCUCUUGACCCAGAAAGUCAUGAAAUAGUCAUUGUAUCGAAAUGUCAGAAAGUCUCUAUAGUAUUUGGAAUCUUCGGUUGGACUAUACUGUAUGGACUGCCCAAUUCUCCAAGCUUUAGAAGACAAUUAGAUACAUUUAACAGUAAAAACAAUGCUGAGCAUAACUGCUUGAUGCUAGUUAGUUGGGCUCUGGCUCUGACAUACCUGCUUGUAGAGAGAAUGCAUAGAUGCAUUAUUGUGGUCCAGGGUGGACCAAAUAGAGAACCUGCACCAUUACUGAAGUUAUCCAGCUGGCAUCUACAUCUAGGAAAGCACCUUGAGAUUUUCUGUUACAUUCCUAUCUCGUUACAACAUUUCAGUAACCUCAGAAGGUCUGAGGAUCCUACCUGACCCUUAAAGCUUUGCACCUUAUUUUGAGAAACCUAGAUUGUAAAGAAACCAGCCCCAUGGCUACCAGUUCUUGGACAGUGAAAUCCAAAUGGUCCUGAACAUUGGAUUACACAGUAUGCUUCUUACACUGCCGCUCUCAAAUAUCAGAAACAUCUUACUUCCCUUCAUUUGAUUAACAAACUAGUCACUGGCCACCAUACCAUAAGCUAAAAUGCCAACUAAGAAAUGUUUCCUUUAGAUAAUAUUUAGAUUGUUUCUAGUAAGUCAAAGUUGUUGGGGGGGGGGGUUCACACCACAUUUUAUCAACCAAAUUCAAUCUAGUUUUAAAUCGGGGGCGGGGGGGGAAUCUACUCCAUAUAUGAUAGCUGUCCCUAUAAUAUAACAUCUUGUUAAAGUGUCAUUCACAUUUCUUCCUAAUGGCACAUUGAGUCCUUCUACAUUUCUUUGUCUUCAACACAGAACAAGGAAAGAAAAAUAGAGCUGACAAUUUUAUGUGUAACAUUCAAUUUGGGGGUCUGAGUAUAUAAAAUGCCAACCUUCCAGAAUCAUUAUAGGUUUUUUUUUAAAUGUAUAUAGGGCCCAUUUGUCCAUACAGAAUUCAGUUUUACCUAAGGUAUUAGCACAAGUGAUGACUUUUCAGCUUUGCUUGAAUGAGCAUUUUGGAUCACCUCCUAUAAAUGCAUCACUAUAGUCAAGUACAUUUGAGAUCCCAUAGUCGGGAAGAGUUGCUUUAAUGCAUGUUUAACAUUUGGAAACACACCAAAUUAUACAUUUCGUAGUCCUUAUUUUAUUAAAAGCUAGGAGCCUAAAAUGCGGGAUGUACAUAAAGUCUGAAAUGCCAGAAGAUAUUUUAAAAUCAAUUUGGGACAGACCAAUCGGUAAAUUACUUUUUUGGCCAUUUGUUGUCAUUGUUUUUUCUUGGGAAAAUGAGAGGAGAAUUUUAUAAGUCAAUUUAUCCUUAGUAUCAUUUUAGAAUGUGCCACCUUGAAACUCUUCUUAGAAGUAAUCAGCAAACAUUUUUAAGCACCUGUGUGCUGGUAUCAUGCUAGGUGCAAGGAGAAGAUGAGUUUUUAGCCUGAAUCCUCCAAGGAGCGGUUCUGAAUGACACAUUCACUGGAAUUGGAAAUGCCUUUGUUCUGGGAGACAAGUAAGAGUAAUUUCAUGAUGAGGAUGUUUUCCAAACAAUUGUUCCUGUAAAAAGUCCAUUUCUGAGAUCCUGCAAUAUUUACUAAGCAAAAAUGCACAUCUAUCUAUGAAUUUAAAUAUUUGUAGAUUUCUGAUAAUGAUCAACAAGUACAUACAUACCCACUUACAUUCCCUUUAUUAUUAUUUUAAGCACAGGAGCAGUGGAAUGGAAGAUCCAACAGCAUUGUGCCAUUUUCAGUUUUGUGUUUUUUUGACUCAUGAGCUGCAAGACCCACAAUAUUUCCCCAGUCAGAAAAUCAUCAACUUCUACACUAACAAAAACUAGUGUAGGAUUGCACAUGAAAUCUAUUUGCCAUGAUUUUGCAAUGUGUGCUUGAAAAAAGGACCCCGAUUCCUUUUAGAUGGAUGCACAGGCAUAUUGCUGGUUCUGUUUUAGGUUGGAGUUCUAAUGUAAAUGUAUGUCAACACUACUUUGCAUAGUUUAUUAUGACUGAAGGUUAAUUAAAUCAGAGGUUUGUAAAAUGUGAUGUGUAUGUGUAUAUACUGUAUGCGUACUUUUUAAAAUAGGUGUAUGUCCUGACUCUUUUUUUUAUACUGGUUUGAAUUUGAAAUUACAUUAUAUAUACAUAUACUUUAUUGUUCUAAAUAAAGAAUUUUAUGCACUAUU